AUGUCUAAUUACACUGAAACAUUUGCUGCAUGGACGACUAUUUGUUUAACUGAUCACACACAAUUAGGAGAAAAUGACAAAGAAGAUGACAUAAGAGAGGUAUGUAAAGAAGCUGUGAAAACCUGUCCAUAUGCAGCUGCUGUUUGUGUAUACCCUAAAUUUGUAAAAUUUAUCAACGAAAAGAUAAAGAAAGAAAUAGAUCCAUUUAAACCCCAAAUUGCUUGUGUAAUAAAUUUUCCUCAUGGUACUGAUUCUAUAGAAAAAGUGGUGGAAGAUACAAAGAAAGCAAUAGAAGAUGGUGCUGAUGAAAUUGAUUUGGUAAUAAAUUAUAAAAAAAUUUUAGAAAACGUUGAUGAAGGUCUAAAAGAAGCAACUGAAUUAACUAAACUCGUUAAGGAAGUAUUAAAAAACAAACUAUUAAAAGUUAUAAUAGAAGUGGGAGAACUAAAAACAGAUGACUUAAUUAUAAAAACUACAUUAGCCGUACUUGAAGGUAAUGCUGAUUUUGUAAAAACAUCAACCGGAAAAGUUAAAAUUAAUGCAACUCCUAGUUCUGUUAAAGCAAUUAUAAAAGCAUUUAAACAACACAUAGAAAAACAUCCUGAAAAAAAGGAUAAAAUUGGUAUAAAAGUUGCAGGAGGAGUAGGAGAUUUAAACUUAGCUAGCUAUUAUAUUUUACUAGCCAGAACUUGUUUUGGUUCUCUUGCCUGUCAUCCUAAUAAUUUUCGUAUAGGUUCAUCUUCAUUAGUUCCCAAAUUGAGAAAAAUUAUUGAACAAUGUCCAAUUUCUUAG